AUGCGGCAACUAAAACAAUUGCCUUUUGCAGCAAACAAACUUCACUUUCAAUUAUAUAUUCGGGAUAAGAUUCUUGUGGAAACGCACAUGCAUGCUCUAUACACGGUCAAUCACAUUGCAUUAUUGAGGUUGCAUGAUCCUUCUCUUUCUAAGGUGGAUGUUUCCCCGUUCAGUCUUCUUCCACUAGUAGUCUGCUCCUGUAGGGCAGUUCUAGGCACAGGGCCUUCUGAACAUGCAAAACCUCCUCAACAAUUUCCAUGGCAGCUACCAUUUCUUGCGACGUUGACAAUGGAGGUGUAA